AUGGCUCGGGAAGCGGCGGCGAAAGUUGAGGAAGGGGAAGCAACAGCCAUUGUGAGAGUUGAAGAAGAGAUCAGAGGGUAUUGUAAAAGCGUGGUGAGAAAGGGGAAACAAAGAUGUUGGCAUAUAGUAAAUGAACACUGGACUCUAUCUUAUGCUGACUCGCUUACGGGAUGGUUGGAGGAGAUGUGGACGGGAUUGGCCAAACAUUUGCUUGAGAAAAUUGUCAUUAUGCAUGCUAAGAAAGGUUUGUUUGCUGUCCGUGAGGCUAAAGCAAUUGUUGCUCGUGAAGCCCUGAGCUGGUUAAAGGAUCAUGGGUGGCAGCGAUUUGUUCUGGAGACGGAUGUCCAAGUUGUAACGCAUGUUGUCACGGCUGGUCAAUCAAAUACGCCAUUCGGUUUCAUCAUUCAAGAGAUCCGUACUCUACUUCGCCAUAUGCCUCUCGUAGAAUUUCGUUUUGUGCCUCGUAGUCGUAAUAUGAUUGCUCACUCUUUAGCAAGACAUGCUUUAAACUAUGAGGGGGAGGGCAUGCUUGGGUUUUUUGACUCUGUGCCUGGUUUUAUUUCUGCGUUUUGUGUCUGA